CGGGUUCCAACGUCACGAUGGUGAAGUGCAAUGGGAAGUGGAGCACAACGUGGUCGGCCACGGGCGCGUCCGGCGAUUUAUUAGCCCAGAAGGCCACCCGACGAGGCAAGCUGGCCAGCGAGAUUGAGCGAAUGGCAGCGAUCGGAGUGUGACGAAUGAUGCAAUCGGUGCCUAGCGCGGGCAGGCAGGCACGCCUGUCACGGAUGGUGGGGUCGGGCUUGCCAGAUCAAUUGGUUUCAUGAGAAGCAACCAAGAAAGCACUCUGACUUCUUCCACUACUUCAACUCUCCAAACACCUCGACCUUCCCUUUCCACACCAACAACUUCCUCCACUUCCCUCUCGCACCGCAACUCGCAACCACGCACGCCAUCACGGCACUCGAUCCACGCAGCAGCAGCUUCACCAUCACCGCGUCACCCACUUCACCUUCCGCGGGCUCACUUCGCGCACGAGCACAGCUCAUUUCGAGCCACGUUAAACACAACACAAACAACAACAACACCGCCAACAUGGGUCUCAAGGGUGUUCACUUCGGCGGCGGCAACAUUGGCCGCGGCUUCGUCGCCGAGUUCCUGCACAACUCCGGUUUCGAAGUGGUCUUCGUCGAUGUGAUGGACAGUAUCAUUGAAUCAUUGCAGAAAAACAAGAGCUACGAGGUCACCGAGAUCGGUCCCGAUGGCGAGACUAAGUUCACCAUUGACAACUACCGCGCACUCAACUCCAAGUACGAGAUGGCUGCAGUCAUCGAGGAGAUCGCCACCGCCGACACUGUCACCUGCGCUGUGGGCCCCAACAUCCUCAAGUUCAUCGCCGAGCCCAUCGCCAAGGGUAUUGAGGCUCGCAAGUCAGACACCCCACUGGCUGUUAUUGCGUGCGAGAACGCCAUUGGUGCUACGGACACUCUCCGUGGCUUCAUUGAGCAGAAGUUGGGCGAGAAGACCAAGUCAGACAUUGCCUCGAAGGCCCGAUUCGCGAACUCGGCUAUUGACCGUAUCGUGCCAAUUCAGGACGAGGGUGCUGGUCUGAACGUCAAGAUCGAGAAGUUCUACGAGUGGUGCGUUGAGGAGAAGCCUUUCGACGGCAAGCCACCUGCCAUCAAGGGCGUGCACUACGUCGAUGACUUGGAGCCAUACAUCGAGCGCAAGCUCUUCACCGUCAACACUGGUCACGCCACAGCUGCCUACUACGGUCACCAGGCUGGCAAGAAAUACAUUCACGAGGUGCUCGAGGACAAGAAGCUUCACGACAUCGUGCAGGGCGCCCUCGAAGAGACCGCUCAUUUGAUCUGCACCAAGCACUCUCACAUCACCAAGGAGGAGCAACAGCAGUACGUGCAGCAGAUCGUCAAGCGCAUCUCAAACCCAGUCCUCAAGGACAACGUCGAGCGCGUCGGUCGUGCACCUCUUCGCAAGCUCUCUCGUAAGGAGCGCUUCAUUGGCCCCGCCGCCCAGCUCGCUGAGAAGGGAGAGAAGGUGGACAGCCUGCUUGGUAGCAUCGAGCAGGCCCUCCGCUUCCAGAACGUCGAGGGCGACGACGAGUCCGUCGAGCUCGCCAAGAUUCUCAAGGACAACGACUCCAAGGCAGCCACUGAGAAGCUGACGGGCCUCGACGAGAAGCACCCUCUUUUCGCCAAGGUGGAAGAGCGUGUCAAGAAGGUCCAGUCUGGUUAGCCAUCGAAUCGAGUCUUCGCAUACGGGUACAGCGCGAACCCUGCUUUACACGACCCUCCCACUCCUCCCAGCGUCUGAACUUGCUGUCAUUUGCAGGCAUGCAAAUAGAGGGGGCAUGAGCAUGAUUUACGAGAGCAUGAAUUGAGAUACCAAAAGCGAUGUGAAUAGUUAUCGUUGAUAGCACUGGUUGCAAUGACACGAUGGACUGUGACUUCUUCUUCUCCCCAUUGUAAUUGCCUUCUGUUCGCCAUUAUCUGUCGUUGCCUU